AUGCAAGGGCCAGCAAGAGCGCCCUUAGGAGCCAAAACAACGAAUGCGAAUGUCAAGACAGGCCAGCCUGUUGAUCAGAAGACGUUCUUAGCCGACAGCAAAACCGCCGUUACCCAGAACCCGACGACAACAAAGAAACAGUCUAACCCAACGCUGGCAGUGGAACAAAAGAGCAUCCGUGUUAUACAAUCGGACGACGAAGAGCCCGAGUACGCGCCGCCUCGACCUUUGGAAGCACCUUAUCGGUCUGAUCUUUUGCCGUCCGGUGGUCUGACGUUCGAAACAUUUCGAAACGACAAGCUCCUAUACGGCUACUACGAGAAUUUCAUUGACCCCGUCGAUGAAGAUGGCAUAUCUCUCCAAGACAAAGACCUCCGAGCAGAGAAAGCAAUUGCUCUGCGUAACGCAGAGGUAUACAAUGAGGCACAAUUGCAGGACUUGGACUGGGGCAUGCUCGAUUUGGAGGGCGUCGGCGGAACCCCAAUAAAGGCCAGCGGGACGCCCAAAACUUCUCGAGCAACAGGACAGGUCAAGCCUCGAGACAUAGCACGUCGUGGGCCGUUGUCGACGAGGUCGACAACAUCUGAUAGGAGAAACGCUCAGCCAUCUAUUCUACGCAAGCAGCACAUGAGCACUGCAGCCCCGCUCCGGAACUUACCCAGGAAAGUCUGGAGACCGUUGGGAAACAACGGCCGCGGUGGCCCGAAAUUGCCUGUUCACAAAGACCGAAGCCAAAUUGGCGUGUCUUCCAAGUCAUCGAUGGCGACAACGUUGGAGCACAUAAACUCUACAAGAGAUGAAGCCUCAUCGAUUCCUCCGCAUGAGCGUAUCCAGCGUACGGCUCUCCGCUCCGGCACAUCCAUCACUGCCGACAAAUCGAAGAAAAAUAGAUCUUCAGCUUCCACAACGUCUUCUUCCACUGCUCCGCGCAAAAACGCUGCGAUCUCAGUACUUGAUUUUGCUUUCCCGAAUGUUGCCGACUCGGAGAGUGAUGAUGGUGGGGUGCUAUCUGGUAACGGGCUUCUUGUCCUAGAUGAGGAAGAGGACUUUCAACUGCAGUCUAUCGCCUAG